AUGGAUUCCAAUACUAUGCUCGGACCCAUUUCAAUGGUCCAUUUACCUGCUUCACAAUAUUCUCCCCCAACUCAGCAUUUGCCUGGUGACUCGCUCGGCUUUCCUGAUCCUCCAGCACCGCUUGUGUUCCCAGUCGACCCAGCUGACAUUUCCAACACUGAUAGCCAUAAGGUUACUCACUUGUGGCCAUCCUGUGUUCCCCUCUUUACCUUCACAGAACAUUCAUGUUUGCAGGAGCAUAAGGAUCGGAUUAUACAGGUACUUAAGCUCAGCAAGAACAACAGACUCGGGAAUAAUCUACGAACCACCAGUGAUCGUGUAUUGAAGCAUAACCAGUACACUGAGACCUUCUUGGAAGAAACACACAUGCUAGAUUUCGUUCUUACAUCCGUUUUUGCCUGCACUACAUUCACAAAAGAUGUCGUGUACAAAUUAGAUGAGAAAAUCUAUCAGGAUCUUCACACCAUAUUAACAACUCACCAUGCAUUAGCUUCCUCGUCACUCAAUAGCUUUGGUUAUUCGGAUCUCAGACCACCUGCAUGGGCCAUUGACACUGCAAAAGGUUUGACGGCCAAUGAUUUUGAGUUGUAUGCCUUCCAGUAUUGCAUUCAGGUUGAGCAUUUUCUUCAUAUGCUUGAUUAUGUCUAUGACUGGAAUAAACUUCAGACAUGCAUAUACCUAAACAAAAAACUGCUGGCAACUCAGCACAAUGCUGACAGAGCACAUCUUGAGAAAAAGAAGUGUUACCUUCCUGCUGUUCCUCCUAUAUCACAUUCUAAUCCUUUCAAGUCGAAGACCUCUUUUCAGGCCUCGGCCUCUGACUUGAGUUGGGGGGGAGUACACUAUGAUGCUUUAAGAGAUGAGGAACAGCAUCCUAGCAGCUCACAGGUUGCUAAAAUAUGCAGUCAGUCUCAUCUUUGUGUGAAUUCCAAAGUCAGUGAACCUCACAAUUUCGGUCCAUAUUGA